AUGAUCGCUAUCAUUCGACAUAUUCCUCUGUCGUUAUCUCUACAGAUUGCCAAAGAUUGUGAAAAUAAGGCGCAACCCAUCGAUCCCGAGUUGACGGCCAAGCUGCUGGGGCACGGCGUUGCCGUAUCUCCCGUAGUGACCGUAGAACCCAGACGCAGGAAAUUCCACAAGGCCAUCACGUUGAGCAUGCCCGCUCCCAGGGCUCAUUCGCAAGGCAUGAUCAACCAAUACAGCGGCUCGGCGCCCACACUCAGGCUGUUAUGCUCAAUCACGGGUAAAGACAGUCUUGACUUGUACUUCAAUAAAAAAAAUUCAAGGAGUUAUUGUGAUGAGAUUUUGUAA